AUGUCCGACACCACCCGACCUCCCCUCUCCCAGCGUGAGCAGGAAAUCCUCCUGCUCGCCUGGGGCCACUGUCUCGAGGAGAAACCAAAAGUACAUCCACUCACUCACUCACACACUACCUUUUUUGGAUAUAGUUUUCGUCACUUAAAACUAACCACGGUCCUACUCCACACAGGUCGACUACGACAAACUCGCGACGCUCCUGGGCUCGAAAUCCGUCGCGUCGGCCGCCAAGACGUAUCAGAAUGCGCUGAAGAAAUUGACUUCCGGCGCUGGCAUUGCUGCUGCUGCUGCUACUACUGGUGGUGGUGGUGGUGGUGGUGGUGGUGGUGAUUCUGAUGAGGGCAAGGCGGCUGGAGGUUCGAAGACGAAGAAGCGCGCUGCUUCCACUGCUGCUGAGAAGAACAAGAAGAAGCCACGUGCUAAGAAGGCGAGGGUGGAGGUCGCUGCUACCGAGGAGGGUGAGGCUGAGGGCGAGAUGGAGGAGGUCAUCAAGGACGAGGAGGGUGAGGGGGGUGAGGAAGAGUUUCUUUGA